UCCUGCUGGAUCCAACGCGAAAUCCAAUUCAAUGUAUUACGUCGUGGUCCUUUAUUCUCAUCGGUGUUUUGUUUGCAGCACGAAAAAUAAAUCGUGGUCUUGCACAUCAUUUCAUACAGUGAAAAUAAACCUCUACACCGCUUUAUAAUUAGCCGCAUAGAACUCAGAGUCAGAGUACUGUCGCCCACGGCUCGUACAAAUCAAAAACAUAUCCUUCCAACAAGUACAACACCCUGAUCCUAUUGAAAUAUCAAAAGUAGGAAAAAAACAAUUUCUUCUCGUUAUCCUACCCGCGCAAGUUAUAGUACGAAGAUCUCGCAAACAGAAGUAUGGCGGACUCGAGCCACAAGCACCCCCUGGCCCACGGGCGCGCGGGCGGACAGCCGGGCUACUCGAUGGCCAAGCUGAAGUUGUACCACUCGGACCAACUGGAAGGGGCCGCGGAGGCGGUGCGACUUACCAUGGUCUUCGCCAAUAAGGACUUCGAAGACAUCCGGUUGGACCGCUAUGAGUGGUCGCAGAACCCCGCUACCAACAAGUACCGGUUUUCCGCCGUCCCGGUGCUGCAGGUUGACAGCUCCCAGGGCCGCAUGGUGUUGACCCGGUCCCACGCCAUGCUGCGCUACAUUGCGCGGUCUUUCGACAACGCCUGCACCCUGUACCCGGAACACAAACCCGUGGAGUGCGCGGCGGUGGACGAGGUACUAUUUUUAUAUACGAUGUUCUUUUUUUCCUUGUGUGCGCCAGUGUGGUUUUGUGCUUGCUGUUUUCAUGCCUUGGUUCUGUUUUCUCGUCGUUCCAUGUGCAUGUUGAAUAUGAUUAUGACAUGUUGAUGGUCGUGAAGAAGAAGAUCAUGAAUGUCUUGUAUUUAUUGGCACUGCUGGGCGUAGCCGUAGGCAGAUGCAGAUCCAGAUGUUCCGCGGUGGAAUCAAUUUGACAUUGUCAAGUAUAUCAUACAAAAAUAUUUUUCCAGCUGAUGGCGAUCUUCGACAUUUUUGACGAGCGAAGCUUCGGCUUUCCGGAAGUCACGGGUGUGCUUGCCUACGUGGAAGCUUCCCUGAUGCAGCAGCCGCACGCCCGGUUUCUCACGGGAAACACCAUCACCAUCGCGGACCUCGUCUUGCUCUGCAAGUACAAAGUUUUUUUUUUCAAUUUCAAUUUCAGCUUUCUAUUUUUUCGCUUUUCCUUUGUUCUCCUCAGAUGAAAAGUAACGACACGCGAUGAGUAGAAGUGAACUUGAAUUUAUUGCAAGAAAUGAGAAGAUGAACAUGAAAAUAAACAGCCUCCGCGACCUGGAUGCCAACGACCACCUCCGGGAAUUCCCUGCUUUGUGCAACUGGAUCGGGCGAAUGAAGGAGGACCGGCGGGUGUUGUCCUGGUACAAUCCCAACGUCAGUGACCUGCUGGAAAAAAUCCCGACGCACUCCGCCAAGAACGCGCACUCCGUCCGGAUUUCGCUUUCCCAGAAGAACAAUGCGUCCUUCAUGGCAUGAUUUUUUUGUCGCUAGAAGGUCGUUUCUUUCUUCCAAAGACCUGCAAUCAAUAUCCGCAUGAAGUUGAUGUUUCCUUGAAACAUAAAGCGGGGUUGCUUAUACUGAAGUAGCGACGACGAGGAGUUGUUUGAUAAGUUUUGGACUAUCGAAGCAUCGAAUUAGUACUAAAUUUCUGCCAUAAAAAAAAGGAGAAGACGCAUGAAGGAUUACCAAGCGAGGCGACAGACUCACUUGCGAGUAGAAGCAGCAAAAUUCGGGAGUUCUUGUAGUACGACAAAUUCAUACAUUUUCUUAAAGUGCUUUGCUCAAUGGCCACACAUGUAGUUGCUUUCAUAUGAUUCCGACCAUACUUACCACGCAGGUUAGAUAUCUCGUCCAGGUCUUUUGACCGGCGUAGAGUACCUAAUGUUCAAUCUUAUCCCCCAAAAAUUCAUCAAGUAGAGACGACAGAAUGGCUGUACCCAAAAAAAAAAAGACGAAAGUGAUUGAGGACUCAGACUUGUGUCUCUGGCAGCUUUUUUUCCAGGGCGGCUUCGCUGGACAGCGGGUAGCCGGUGGACAAGCCAUGUCAUAGCACUGCAGGGGUCUUCUAUCUCCACUAGACAAAGAGUAGUUGUGUUACGACCGAGUUUUGUACGUCUAAAAUUUCAGAAUACGCAAU